UCUGCACCAUCUAUACCAUCAGUUACCAUUUAUUCAAACCCGGUUUAUCCUUAGAGUUUCGAAAUUAGCACAAUAAUGAGUCCCAGAGCAAAUUGGUUGCUUGUUCUUGCGGUAGUCGUUUGCACCUUAGCUCUGGCUGACGUUGGAUAUUCUAAUCCCACCGUUGAUCUUUUUGGCGGUUACGAAAUCGUCUCGGUGUGUAUGACCAAUUGUGCCCAGUGCAAGCGCAUGUAUGGAACGUUUUUCGAUGGGCAGCUGUGUGCCGAAGCGUGCCUCGAAUUCAAGGGCAAGAUUAUUCCCGACUGCGAGGACAUCGGAUCGAUAGCGGGCUUCCUGAACCGGGCCGAAUUGAAAAAGUUCGUUUAGAUGUUAUUUUCUCUUUGUCUACAAUUAUGGAUUAUAGAUGCUUGUUGUUGUUAAUUUAUACCUACUAUAAGCACUUGUUUGUCGAUUGGAUAUACAUGUAUACUUAGAUAUUAAAUAAAAUAUUGUGCAGAAUAUAAAAAUAACCGAUGUGAUCAAUAGACGGUAAUAAUUAGAUUCCGCGCUGGUGCCAUUCGUAAUGCACCCAUUGGGUAAAUUUCGGGUUGAAAAUAUUCUCGAAUUCCCUAUGGACAUAAAAGUAUUUAUAAUAGCCUUAUCACCCUUAUGAUAUACAUAUGUAUGAAUAACUGUGAAAGUUAUGAAUGAACACUAAGCUGGGGGCAAUGUUUCAGUGAGGGAUGCAAUGCUAAUAAAAAAGUUGUAUGGGAAAUAUCUUACAAAGGGGGAGGGAAGGGGUUGAAAAACCCAGGAAAAUAAAGUGUACCGUCCCUUAGCUAAGACAUAUUUUUCCUUUCCCUUAUCCAACUGUAUGCGUUCUUACAAGU